AUGGAUCAUUUAAAAUUAACUGUAGAUAAACUAUCGGUAGAGGAAAUUAGUGACUUGGUUGUGAAUGAUAGUUGUGGUGCAGUGUCUUUAUUUGUUGGAACUACAAGAGAUAAUUUUGAAGGAAAAAAGGUGCUAAGAUUGGAAUAUGAAGCAUAUGAGGCCAUGGCAUUGAAAGCCAUGAAGUGUAUAUGUGAUGAUGUCAGAAACCGGUGGCCAGCUGUUCACGGCAUAGCUAUGUACCACAGAUUGGGCAGCGUGCCCUGCCGGGAGGCGUCGGUGGUGAUCGCGGUCAGCAGUCCCCACAGACGGGACUCCCUCGACGCAGUCUCCUUCGCCAUAGACCAGCUUAAAGCCAACGUGCCAAUAUGGAAAAAGGAGGUCUACGAGGGUUCCGAGCCUGUAUGGAAGGAGAACGUUGAAUGCAAAAUAACUCCAGAAAUAUCACAAUCUAGCUUAGAAAAGCCAAUAGAUAGAAAUCUUAUACAAAUAAAUGUUUCAAAUGAAGAAUUAGACAAGCGAAUACAGAAUUUUAUUGAAAGAAAACGUGAGCAAGUAAAUAUAAGCAACAUAAGGGACUUUAUACCUUCGAAGAGUGAGAGCGAGACGGAAGAUGCAGAGUCAUGUGCUAGAGUGAGAACGCAGUUCGUUAAGAGAACCGAUUCUAAGGGACAUUUAAAAAUCCGCAAAGUCCAUAAUGAAUGGGGACCCCAAACAGUGUCCAUGGAGCAUCAGAUAAGGACUGAGAAGGCUGAGCUGCCCGGCGCCAUUGCUGAGAGGGUGCACGCGAUAGAGUCCUACCUCAGCACCGGUCCCGUCGCGCCGGACAUAUACAGACGGUUGAAGGACAUGGAGGAUAAAAUUGCAUAUUUGCAGUCUAUUUCUCCAGAAUAUUCGUUGUUUUGGAAAACUAAGAAAGAAGAUACAAAUAUAAAAGAGGAACAGAUGGACUACACGUUCUCAGCUGACGAUAUCGCGAAGAGAAUUGAAAUGUUUGAAAAACAGAAUAAUGAUACU